GAGACUUUAUCCAUAGACAAUAAUUAUUCUGAUAGCAUUUCAUAGCAAUGUGUCUGUUUACCUAUCUCCUAUGCGGACUCUCUUUGCUGACUUUAUACACCGCUGAAGGUGUUGGGUUGAGAUGUUUACGUUGUGAUGACGUCUUAGAGCCUCGUUUUUGUGAGCGAAUCGAGUACUGCCAAAACGGUGACGUGUGUGGAGUUCAGAGGUACAGGAAAGAGAACGGAGAUACGUCUUUCUGGACUGGUUGUAUACAGCAGUCGAGUUGUCCAAACGUCACCAACAGAACGAUUGUACAGACAAACAAACGGAAGAUUCAUGGAUCAGUUUUGUGUCAGGAGUGUUGCCAUGGUGAUUUAUGUAACGCAGAAGGCUGUGGGGCCCCAGCCUAUCCAACUUCUAGAGGGCCGAUCUGUUUUAAUUGUGCUCACACCUUAAACCCCUCAGACUGCCAUCACGUGACUCUGUGUGGAACCAAUGAGAUGUGUUUUCUUGGUGAGAAACCUGUGUUUGGACAACGUUACUUUACAAGUCACUGUGAAGAUAAACACGCAUGUGAAAAUCAUGUGUCGGCGCCGAUUAUUGUUGGAAGAAAACGAUCUUUUAGGGGCCGUAGGUCGUAUGCACCAUGCUCAGGUUGUUGCAAAGGGGACCUGUGUAAUAUCAACUGUAACGCCACCUUUACUUCUGGUACGAUCAUCAACACAGGACCUACAAACGCACCGGCUCAUUCAACAGAAAUACCAGGUAAUUACGCCUUCUACGCACAUCUUACGUCAUCAACAUCUAACAAUUACGUCAUAUUCAACAACGUUACAACCAAUGAAGGCUUGGCUUACAGCGGGAGCACGGGGAUCUUCACUUGUAAAUACAGUGGACCGUAUGUCUUCUCAUGGACAAUAGCGACCAGUAGUCAGCGCUACACUGAUGCAGAUCUAGUGAUUAACGAUGUCGCUAUCGGUUCCUCCUUCACAGACUCACGAGGGAGCAGCGUUACCGGCGACUCAAGCACGGGGUUUGUAGUGUAUGACCUUAAGUCUGGGGACAAGGUCAGAGUCCAGAUCAAUGGUACGGCUGACGCAAUGUAUUCCACAUUCUCUGGCUUUCGACUCAGUUACAGUAAGUUUUACUUCUUUUGA